AUGAGUCAGCAGUCAAUGUGCUCUGGUGAAAGGAAUCCUGACUGGGAGGCAGGGCCACAAUCAGAGAAGUUCCUCAUCUCCACCAGCCUGGCAGCAGCCACAGAGGUGAAUUUCCCCCCGGCCUACGAGGAGCUGCUGCAGUGGCACCAGGGCCAGUACCAGCUGGUGGUGAGGCUGAGGCCUGGCCAGUUGGUGACAAGGCUGAGUGUAGAGGUCACAGUGUCAGAAAAGACAGGCAUUGGCUAUGGUCACGUACCACCUCUGAAGACCAGCUGCCUGCACACCAACUCUCACACAAGUGAGGCUGACUCACCCCCAUCCACCAGGAUUGAGAGCGGAGGGACCUGUGUCCGAAUUACCUUCUGCCCAACACUGCAAGAUCGGCCUGUCUUCUACAGCUCAGACAUCAGGGCCAACUUCGUGGUCCAGUAUGAUGUAGUCAUGGAGGACAUCAUUGGAGACAUCCAGAUUUAUGAUGGCUAUUUUAUUCAUUACUUUGCACCCAGAGGCCUUCUACCUGUUGAGAAAAACAUGGUGUUUGUUAUUGAUAGGAGUGGCUCCACGUUUGGUACCAAGAUGAAGCAGACUGAAAAGGCAUUGCAUGUGAUCCUUAGUAACCUUCGGGCCAGCAACUACCUCAAUAUCAUCUCCUUUUCUGAAGUUAGUGUCUGGAAAGCCGAAGGCUCCAUCCAGGCCACUGUCCAGAAUGUCCACAGUGCCAAGGACUACCUGGACCACAUGGAAGCUGCUGGUUGGACUAACAUCAAUGCAGCUCUGCUGGCAGUUGCUUCAGUGCUGAACCAUAGCAACCAGGAGCGAGAGGGCCCCAGUGUGGGGAGGAUCCCUCUCAUCAUCUUCCUAACAGAUGGGGAGUCCACGGCUGGAGUGACAAGUGUGAUCCUCUCCCGCAUCCGUCAGGAACUGGGCAAUAGAGUGUCCCUUUUCAGUUUGGCCUUUGGGGAUGAUGCUGACUUCCCACUGUUGCAUCGCUUGUCUCUGGAGAACUGAGGAGCAGCCCAGUGCAUAUAUGAGGACACCGAUGCAGCCCUACAGUUGGAGGGCCUCUAUGAAGAGAUCUCCAUGCUUCCGGUAGAUGUGCAUCUGGACUACCUGCGUGGCUUGAUUGGGGUCUCCCCUUGGGCCCUUUUACCCAACUACUUCGGUGGUUCAGAGUUGGUGGUAGCAGGCCAAGUGCGGCCAGGUGAGCAGGAACUGGGCAUCCACCUGGCAGCUCGUGACCCCAAAGGUCAGCUUCUCAGGGCCCACCACAGUGAGGUGGCUACAAACAGCAGCCAGAAGGCCUUUGGUUGCCCAAGGGAACCAGUCCCCAACAUAGCCCACUUCAUACUCUGCCUCUGGGCCUACAUCACCAUUGGAGAGCUGUUGGAGGCAUGCUUCCAAGCUCCUGAUGCCAGCACUUGCCACCUACUGGCUGCCAAAGUCCUCAACCUUUCCCUUGAAUAUACUUUGGUCACACCUCUGACUUCACUGGUCAUGGUGCAGCCCAAAGAAUCCAGUGAGGAAGCCAGGAAACAGAUUUCCACCACAGAUGGACCAGGCACCAUCAUGCCUUCACCUACCAGCAGUCAUGGCCUAGGGGCAGGCACCGCUCAGCCAGCCUUGGUGCCCAAGGUUUCUCCCAAAUCAAGGCUUGUGAAACCUAAGUUCUACUUAUCCUCAACUACUCCUGCCUCUACAAAGAAGAUGCCCAGUUCCAAGCAGAUGGAGCCACUGGGUCAGAGGCCUAGUACCCCAUCCACCCUCGCACACCCAAAGCCCCAAAUUCCAGUACAACAGGAUUCUGGCACCUUGGCUCAGCCAACAUUUACAACGAAAACUAUUGCCCUUAUACCCUCAACUUCUGGUGCCCUAUUGCUUCUGAAGCCCAGCAUGCCAUUACCCAUGAAUUCCAAGACACAAGUCCCACCUCUGAAUCCUAGCACUCCAGCCCAACCCAAAGCUGGCCCUAUGAAACAUGCUACUCUACUGCAUUCCAAACCUGGUUCUCCAUCACAACCUAAACUAGAUGCUCCAUCACACCCCCAAACUGGGGUACUUACAUCACAGUUGCCCAAGCCUGGAGUCUCCACACAUCAGAUCCUCAAAUACCCACCACACACCAGCAAGGUUCCUGCUCCUAAGACCCCAAACAACCUGUCAUACCCUAGACCUGGGAUCCUCUUAACCAAGACCCCUAAAAUCCCAUCACCUCUUAAACCUAGUGCCCCACCUCACCAAAGACCACUAAGCUUUUCACUUUCCAAACCUAAGACAACAAUCCCCAGUAAACCCAAAAUCCCAUUACCCCCCAGGCCUGCCAAACUUAGGCCCUUACCUCCUAAGAGCCUUAGCAUACUCCCAAGCACAAUCUCAAGUCCCACAAGUCCCAGCAGUUCUAUGACCAUUUCUGUCCUUAGAGAACCCCUGUUGCCAGAGCCCCAAAGCACCAGGCAAAUUCUGGGACCAUCUGUGUCAGGAGUCCCAACAAUGGGCCUACCCAACAGCUCCAGGCCUGUGCCAGAAGGCAUCUCCUCAAACCUGCCAGUCUUGCUGCCUUCUAACACCCUCCCUGAGGCAGUCAGCCUGCUCCUUCUCCCUGAGGAGCUAGAGCUCCUGCCUGAGUCAAUGGAGGAGUCCAAAUUUGUGGAGUCCUUGAAUCCACCAGCUUUCUAUACCUUCCUCACUCCUGACAAAGAUGGCACAUUGCCAAGCAUCUUCACCUUCUUAUCCUCAGUGGAUGGGUACCCCCAAUUUGUGAUCCACAUCCUAAUGUCAGAAGAGAGGAUGUGCUUCACACUGGAUAGGCGCCCAUGGGACCUGCUACAGCUCAUAGAUGACCCAAAGGCAGGGGUGCAUGUACAUGGGCAGCUGCUUGGGCCACCAUCAAGGGCAGGGCAUAAGGACCAGAUCCACACCUACUUCCAGACCAUCACAGUUACUACAGACAAAGCCCGGGCCUACACUAUCACCAUCACCUGCAGUUCCAUAUCUGUACAAGGUGAGGGUACCUUGCUUCUGUCCUGGGACCAGUCUGCCCUACUGAAGAGGCCCCAGCUGGAGCUCCAUGUGGCUGUUGCAGCCUGCCUCACCCUCUGCCUUGGGCCCCAUCUUGAGUUCCUAGUCCUCCCGCACCACUACCGGAACCCUAGCAUCCUGUAACUACCCCACCUGGGCUUCUAUGUGGCCAAUGGUUCAGGUCUCAGCCCCUUGGCCCAUGGCCUGCUAGGACAGUUGCGGCAUGCAGACAUCCAGUUGGUGGCAGGGCCUAUGGGACCAAGCCUGAGGAGGCACCAGGGCCCAAAUGUGCCUGUGGUCCUAGGCAAGAGGCUGCUGAAGGACUCACCAAGGCUGCCACCCUGCUGGGCUUCCUGCUAGCUAGUGAAGUGCUCUCAUGUACAGCAGUUGCUGGGCCACCCCUAAAUUGCAUAUGUCCUGUUAUGGCCCCUGAACUCCAGAGCAAAGAGACCUGAGUUUGGGACACCCAGAGCCCAGGGCAUAGGGUGA